GUAAAUUUCCAAAUAGAGAAUGUCCGAAUGAUGAUGUUAUGUAAUUUAUUUGCAGAUACAUCCUGGUGUCAUAAAUAUAAAAGCGCAUAUCGAACCUAAAAUGCUUUGCGAGAUCCUGUACAUUUCAAAGUUAGGGAGACAUGAUAUUACCAAUAGAACAAAUAUAAUAUUGAGGCGCCUAAUAUUUGAUAAUUUGGCAGUUAGAUACAAUUAUUUGGGAACUAGACAAGAGAAGAAGGCAUUCAAAACUUCAUUUCUCAACAAGGUUGUAAUAAGAGCACCAAUGCUACCAAAAAAGAUGUAUGAAGAAGAUGCCAUUAAAUCGUGCACCAAAAAAUAUAAAACAAAAUAUUCAUAUAUCGUUUUUAUCUUCAGUAGUAGUAAAAUGUAA